CUUUUCUAUGAUCAUACCUGAAUCAUGUUAUGCAUGAACAGGCUCCGUAAGAUCCCGUAGAAUAAAAUAAGUGAUGUGGCAUGAUUCAAUGUUCUGUCUAUUCCACUUCCUUAUUUGUAGUGUAGAAAUGCAUUCAUUUCCUCUGCAUCGAUCCCGAUCGAUAAUACUAUCGGAGUGAAAUAAGAGAUCUAAGGAAGAACAGAGGCUAGACUUUAUUAGUAACAAGUAAAUACUUUGUAUGUAAGAAAAUCGAGAUGUUGGGGGGAUAAACACCAAUCAAAAGACAUGAGACAAUCCAAAAAGCACUUGAUCAUGAUCAAAUUUAUAAGCCUACUUGGAUAUUGAGCAUUUACCUGUAAGAACUGAAUUAGUUGCAAUGAAUAGUUGCAACUCCGGAAAAUGGAAUCUGGUAAAUCUUUUCUUACAUAGAGUCAUUAUAUAUGAUAUGUGGGGAUAUGUAUGAAAAAUAGAUUUUAUAUGGAUCUAUUUCUGCCAUUCCUUUCAUUCUUGCUCGAGCCGGAUGAUGAAAAAUUAUCAUGUCCGGUUCCUUCGGGGGAUGGAUCCAUAAGAAUUCACCUAUCCCAAUAACAAAGAAACCUGACUUGAACGAUCCUGUAUUAAGAGCUAAAUUGGCUAAAGGGAUGGGGCAUAAUUAUUAUGGAGAACCCGCAUGGCCCAAUGAUCUUUUAUAUAUUUUUCCAGUAGUAAUUCUAGGUACUAUUGCAUGUAAUGUAGGCUUGGCAGUUCUAGAACCGUCAAUGAUUGGUGAACCGGCGGAUCCAUUUGCAACUCCUUUGGAAAUAUUACCCGAAUGGUACUUCUUUCCCGUAUUUCAAAUACUCCGCACAGUACCCAAUAAGUUAUUAGGUGUUCUUUUAAUGGUUUCAGUACCAACGGGAUUAUUGACAGUACCUUUUUUGGAGAAUGUUAAUAAAUUCCAAAAUCCAUUUCGUCGUCCAGUAGCUACAACAGUCUUUUUGAUCGGUACCAGCAGUAGCUCUUUGGUUAGGUAUUGGAGCAACAUUACCUAUUGAUAAAUCGCUAACUUUAGGUCUUUUUUAAAUUGAUUCAACCGUGAAAUACCAUGAUUAAUGUAUCUAAGAAUAGUGACUUCAAAGUCACUAUUCUUAGAUACAUUAAUUUGAUUAUGAUCAUUCCACGAAAAUACGGAUUGUGCCAAAAAGAUUAAAAACAAAUUUUCUUCUUUUUCUUUAUAAAUUUUUCUUUCUAUUUUUAUUAGAAAAAGAAGAUGAAAUAAUUAUCAUGGAUUUAAAAUAAAAAUUGAUUCUUAGGUAAAUCAAUUGCGAAAUGCUUUUGUAGAGUGUCCGAUAUCUCUUUUACAUCUUCUAUGCGAAAAUAUUCAAUUCUCAUAAGAUCUUCUUGACUCUUAUUCAAAAGGUCCAAUAAUGUGUGUAUAUUGGACCUUUUGAGACAAUUAUAGGUCCUGGAAGGUAAUUCUGAUUGGUCAAUAAAAAUACAUUUCAAUGGAAUUUCUUUUUUGUUUUUCUUUAGAUUAGUUAAUCUAUCUUGAAAGGUAAAAAUGGGUAGAGUAAACCUGUUUUUAUUUUCUUUGAAAUUAAUGUCCUCUUCCUCCGCAUGUAGAAAAGGAAUAAAUAAAUCAAUUAAAUUACGAGAAGCUUCAUAAAGUGCUUCCUUAGGAGUUAAACUUCCAUUCGUCCAUAUUUCUAGAAAAAGUAUCUCUUGUUUUUCAUUCCCAUUCCCAUAAGAAUGAAUACUAUGAUUCGCAUUUCGAACAGGCAUAGAUACAGCAUCUAUAGGAUAACUUCCAUUUUGAGAGUUAGUUGUUGGUUUCGUACGAUAUCCACGAUCUCGCCUGAUUUGUAAUCCAAUACACAAAUCAAUUGGUUCCGUCAGGUUAGCUAUAUGUUGUGUUGUGUCAACUAUUUCCACGGAAGGUGGUGAGAUGAUAUCUUGAGCGGUUACGUAUUUAGGGCCCCUGGCGCAAAUGGAUGCGUCUCUAACUCCAUAUAUAUUACUUCUCAAUACAAUUUCUUUCAAAUUUAGUAAAAUUUCAUGUACCGAUUCUUCAAUACCUAUUAUCGUAGAAUAUUCAUGCGGCACUUUCUCAGAGUUUGCACGUGUGAUACAUGUUCCUUCUAUUUCUCCAAGUAAAGCCCUUCGCAUGGCAAUACCUAUAGUAUCGGCUUGACCUUUCAUAAGCGGGGACAGAACGAAACGACCAUAAUAAAGACGUUUACUGUCUACUCUCGAUUCAACACACCUCCACUGUAGUGUUCGAGUGGAUCCUGCUACUUCCUCUCGAACCAUACUAUACUAAUACUAUUAUUUGAUCAGAUCAUUGAAUUAUUUAUUUCUCUUGAAAUCCGUUUUUUUCUUAUUUCUACACACGUCUUUUUUUAGGGGGUCGACAUCCAUUAUGUGGCAUAGGUGUUACAUCACGUACGAAACUUAAUAGUAUACCACUUCUACGAAUGGCUCGUAAUGCUGCAUCUCUUCCGAGACCAGGACCUUUUAUCAUAACUUCUGCUCGUUGCAUACCCUGAUUAACUACUGUACGAAUAGCAUUUAAUGCCGCCGCUUGAGCAGCAUAGGGUGUCCCUCUUCUUGUCCCUUUGAAUCCGGAAGUACCAGCGGAGGCCCAGGAAACCACCCGACCUCGUACAUCUGUAACAGUUACAAUGGUAUUGUUGAAACUUGCUUGAACGUGAAUAAUUCCUUUUGGUAUUCUACGUCCAUUCUUACGUGAACCAAUACGCCCAUUCCUACGUGAACCGAUUCUUGGUAUAGCUUUUGUCAUAUUUUAUCAUCUUAUAAAUAUAAGUCAGAAAUAUACGGAAAGAAAAGAUACGGAAAUAUCCAUUUCAUAUUAAAAGAAA